AUGACGCGUUGGUCAGGUGUUCCCUCAUAUAACGAGGGGAGCUGUCCAAGUGCUGAAAACAGAAGCGAACAGCACCGCUCAGGAGGAGAUGCCAUACACCCUCACCACUGUCUGACUUUUAUUUCCAAAGGUAAUAAAUCGCCUAUAAUGCUGCAUUUCCAUCACAAGUUGCCCACCGGCGGAGCCGUGAUCUUGCUCUCCUUCCUCCUCCAUGGAUGCGCCGUGCAGGCUGCAUCUCUCCCACGCCACUACAGGCUCCGAGGCGGGGAAAGUGAGGCUCAGCCGGCAGCUUAUCCACCGAGCUCCGACAUGAUCAAAGCCCUGGAGUACAUUGAGAACCUGAAACAGCGGAACGGGGGGCGACCCGAACCCGUGGAUUACGAUGAGGUGGAUAAAUUCAAGGUCCUGCUUCAGCUCGCUUCGCAGCAGGACGAGGUUCCCGGAGAUCGGCAGCCCGCUCCCGGCGUGCAGAGGCAGGACAUUACCGCUGAGCAGCUCAUGAAAGCCCUGCUCAAGUCUCUGCAGGAUCAGGCUGGGAGAGACGCGAAACUCACCCCCGCGUCAGCGCCCAGGAACGACCGCCGCACGCACAGGCACCGCACCAAAGACACCGGAACCCCCGAGAGCGCACCGAUGGACUACGAUAACUUCCCUAGACCCCACAAGAAGUAUCCACUGAUGUUUGAAGACGAGGAGAACACAGACGCGUCAAAGCGCGCCACGGAGGACCUGGACGAGCAGUACACCCCUCAGAGUCUCGCCAACCUGCGCUCCAUCUUCGAGGAGCUGGGGAAAAUGCCCACGGUCGGUGGUCAGAAGAGAGACGUUUUCGGGGACGAAGACGAGGACGAUGAGGAGGAGGAGGGCGGGUUAAACCUGAGAAGCCAGGCCUACGAAGAUGUGGCCGGAGGAGAUGAAUGGGUCCCUGUGGAGGAGAGGGAGGAGACGGAGGAGAUGGUCAACGGCAGCCACGAAGAAAUGGACAGGGCGCUCGGUGACCUGGAAGAAGCGGAGAGGGUGGAGAUGCAACGCCGUGCCAGUCAGAACCAGGAAGAGGCAGAUGAUGACACUAAACUCGUAGAUUACUACCUGUUAAAGGUCCUGGAGAUGAGCGACCAAACACAGAAGAGGGACAAGACCGGGGAGCAGAGGAAAAGACUGAUCCGCCCCUCCAUCGUGGAUCCACGGACAGUGAAAGAGUUGCUGGAGCUCUCCUUAAAGCUCCACGUCCCUCCACAGGACCUCAUCGACAUGCUGCUCACAGAAGAGCUCAGGAAGCUCCACCGUGAUCCCCAAACCCCAGCGCGCUACACCACGGGCCAAACCCCAAAGAUCAGGUACUUCAGCCGCAGGCUGCCCGUGAAGAGCAAGCCCCCCCCAGAGGACAUGGACAGGGAGGACUUUUUAGACAUCAUCGGAGUGGAGACGAUCAGUAACGAGUAUCCCGUGGUGCAGAGACCCAUGAAGACCCCUCAAUCCUCAGACAGAAUCCCAGUCGCGUCCAACCCUGCUGCAAAUUCAGGUCCAGUUAAAAUCCCUCCUCCCUCCGGACGCAGGGAGAACCUCUUUCUGUCCGAGCUCAACAAAAUGCCCCUGAAACGUCAGAGUCAGACCGACGGUGCUGCUGAUGAAGGAGAUGAUGAUGACGGGGACGUGGAAGACGAGGUGACGACCUACCUGGCUGCCAAAAUCCUCACAGAAUACCCAAACAACAUCGCCAAGAGGGACACCCAGGCGCAGCAGUUUCCCUACGAGCUGUACGAGCGCGCCAUGAAGGACUACCUGGGCCAGGCGGACACUGCCAAGAGGCCAAUGGCCAAGAGGGAAACGGAGGUGGCCAUGGAGGAGAAGGAGAAGCCCACGGAGAUGCAAGGGAAAGAGGAGAUAACGGCCAAGACCUCCGCUCCACAGACCAUGAAUGACGACGAGGCGCGCCGUGAAAUGACAGUGGCGGGGAUGUAGCCUCAACCCCUGCAAAACGCACGAAAUUAUGAAUUUAGUAUUUAUACUGUCGCAAAAAUAAAGUGUGGUGGACGUGAUCUAGUUUACAAACUUCUAUAACUAUAGCUGGUAUAAUGUCACCCUAAAGAAAAUGAACUAUCUAGCAACCGUACAGGUUCUUUUUUUGAAAAAUACUAGUCCCUACUUGCUGCAAGAACAUUUUAGAAAUAUUAUAUUGAUAUCACGGGUCCUUAAAGGUGCAUUCCGUGCACAAAAUCAUCUUCGAGAAAAAAAAAACAAAAAACCAUUAAUUGGUUGUUAUAAUGUUGUUAUUAACAAUUAUUACACUAGUAUGCGAUGCGAAGGACAGAGUUGAAGUUUUGUGAUGUUAAAAGUUUGUUAUCAUUAAUGGUGUUUGUAAGCAGGUCUAUAUUUUCAACUGUAAUCAGCUGCGUAAUGGUUAAAAAUGCUUAUUUUUCAUGUCAAACUAUUCAAAUACAUAUGUCAAUAAUAUAUACAUGUAAAAUAUUAAGUAUAAUGCUGACUGGGCCUUAAAAACACAAGCAUACAGUAUAUUGACAUAGUAAUAUUUUAAAGACUUUUUGUUCGGACAGUGUGCUGGGCUGAGAACGAGUGUUGUUGUGACUCGUUGUAUAUUCAGGGUUAGUGGAUUUAAUGUUACUAUUAUGGAUAAUUAUUUCAAAGUCUAAAUAUCAAAAGACCGUCGCCUGCCUUCCAACCCUUUCAUACUGCGAAGCUCUGUAUUGUUGGCCUACCAGUGGUUGUGCUAUUGUAUGCUCAUUUUUAAACCAUUUUGUACAUGUUCAAUGAUGUGUGAUGAAUCACAGCUGAAUAAAGCAUCAGCGAUAUUA